AUGUCAAGGUCCAGGCCCACCAGCGGGGCCUUGAUGCCAGGCGCCGUCUUCCUGACGCCGCCGUCUCUCUCGGAGAUCCUCUCAAACACAUCGUCCCCGCCAUGGACACUAGCGGCCUUCAUGGCCUAUCUCUCCCAGAACCACUGCUUGGAGACGCUCGAGUUCACCAUGGACGCGGAACGAUACCGCACCGCCUACGAGCAGAUCAUCACUAACCAAGAAUGGAUCGGCGACGGCAAGGAGCACGUCUGCUCGCUGUGGGAGAAGCUGAUGCAGGCGUACAUCAUCCCCUACGCUCCCCGCGAGGUCAAUCUGCCCUCGCGCGUGCGCGACCGUCUCAUGGCGCAGCAGUGCCCCCCUACCCCUCCCCCUCCGUCCGAGCUGGACGAGGCCGUCAGGAUUGUGUACGAGCUCAUGAACGACUCGGUCCUCGUGCCCUUCAUCGAGUCCGUCAUGCCCGGCCACGGCGACGUGCGCAUGGAGGACGACGGCCACGACGCGCGGCAGGGACGCUCCCGCCUCCAGGUCGAAGGCGCCGGUGCCAGGUUAGAGGAACCCAGGCGGUCUCCCAAGUUUCUGCCUCAGCUGACUGUUGGUCGCAGCGGAGCCACCAGCCGAUCGGCUUCUGCGUCGGGCAUGGAGCGCGAGGGACUGACGGACGACAGCGGGAGCGCCGCCUCCCCCGGCACGGAACCCAUGACGCCCCCCACCACGCCGCCCACGUCGGACUGGACCUUCAGCACCUCGCCCGGCGGGCUUCAGCGGGCUCUGACGGCCCACAGCAACGGCUGGAAGAAGGUCGGCGCGAAGCUGGGGCUGCACCGCAAGUCGCGGUCCAACCGCCGCAACAACGCGCCGUCGUCAGCGCCCGUCAACGACGGAGACGUCGCCAUGGCGGAAGCCAGCAGCCAGAGCAACCCAUUAUAG